UGUGUGGGGGAAUGGGGGGGGGAGGAGGCUGAGGCGGUUCAGCUCCUCUGGGCCAGGACAGUCACUUACACACUGGGCUUCGGGACAGAGGGACGGAGGGACAGAAGCGACGCCCCUUGGAGCUGAGAGCUCAGAACCCUUAGGAAGUUCAGCCUCACUGCUUCCAACCUCCAGCUCUUUGCCGGCUCCCUGCCCCUUGACUCUGCCACCCUAAGCUGUGCCUCGCGGCUUUCUCCUCCACCCCCCCCCCACACACACCUCAGGCUUCGCCAGGAGCCGCUGGAAAGGGAGGGGGUAAGGGGGAAAUCCCCUCGUCCACCCUUGCCAGGAGGUGCCCCGCGCGCCCGCCCCCCCGGAGGGCGGUGCCCCGGGGCGCUGCCCCAUGGAGCAGGGAGGCGGGCGGCGUCUGCCCCUGGAGCCCUGACCCGAGCUAGAGCCAGAGCUCAAGCCCAAGCCGGAGCCUCCAGAGGGUCAGAGCCACUGCCGGCCGCCGGGCGCUAGCUCUGCUCACCCGGUCUGCCUCCUCUGCCCCGGCGGACCAUGCGCUGCCGCCCCCCGCCUGCGGAGCAGCGCGCCAGCCCUGCUGGGCUCUAAGCCCUUCACCCCGGCCCAGCCAUGGGCAGCGCCCGGUCUCGCCCGCGGCUCCGGCCCCGACCCCGGGGCCGGCCUCGGCCGGCGCUCUGUGCGCUCCUGCUCCUGCUGCUCCUGUUGGCCGCAGCCGUGCCCAGGUCAGAACCAAAUGACAUUCUGGGCCUCCGACUGCCACCAGAGCCUGUGCUGAAUGCCAACACAGUAUGUCUGACAUUGCCAGGGUUGAGCCGACGCCAACUGGAAGUGUGUGUGCGUCACCCGGAUGUGGCAGCCUCCGCCAUCCAGGGCAUCCAGAUUGCCAUACAUGAGUGCCAGCAUCAGUUUCGGGACCAGCGCUGGAAUUGCUCCAGCCUGGAGACCCGAAACAAGAUCCCUUAUGAAAGUCCCAUCUUCAGCAGAGGCUUCCGAGAGAGUGCCUUUGCCUAUGCCAUCGCAGCAGCUGGUGUGGUCCAUGCUGUGUCCAAUGCCUGUGCCCUGGGGAAACUAAAGGCCUGCGGCUGUGAUGAGGCUCGGCGAGGCGAUGAAGAGGCCUUCAGGCAGAAGCUGCACCAACUCCAGCUGGAUGCUUUACAGAGGGGGAAGGGCAUGAGCCACGGGGUCCCGGAGCAUCCAGCCUUGCCCCCUGCUGCCCCUGGACUCCAGGAUGCCUGGGAGUGGGGGGGCUGCAGCCCAGAUGUUGGCUUUGGAGAGAGGUUCUCCAGGGACUUCUUGGACUCCAGGGAACCACACAGGGAUAUUCAUGCCAGAAUGCGGCUCCAUAAUAACCGUGUUGGGAGGCAGGCAGUCAUGGAGAAUAUGCGCCGGAAGUGUAAAUGCCACGGCACAUCGGGCAGCUGUCAGCUGAAGACCUGCUGGCAGGUGACCCCCGAGUUCAGGGCGGUGGGGUCCCUCCUCCGAGCCCGCUUUCAGCGCGCCACACUGAUCCGGCCCCACAACCGCAACGGUGGCCAACUGGAAUUGGGCGCGGCUGGGGGUCCCCUCCCCUCCCCGGGCUCGCCCCCAGCUCGCCGGCGAGCCAGUCCCACAGACCUGGUCUACUUCGAAAAGUCCCCGGAUUUCUGUGAGCGGGAGCCCCGGCUGGACUCGGCGGGCACAGCGGGGAGGCUGUGUAACAAGAGCAGCACGGGGCCGGACAGCUGCGGAAGCCUCUGCUGUGGGAGAGGGCAUAACAUCCUGAGGCAGACUCGCAGUGAGCGGUGCCACUGUCGCUUCCACUGGUGCUGCUUUGUCGUCUGCGAAGAGUGCCGCAUCACCGAGUGGGUCAGCGUCUGCAAGUGACCUCCACGGUCCGUGUCUCCGAGGGUAUCUGACAGACCUGGAGGUGUGAUGGGAGGAUCCGGGGCCCUGCCGCAAUCCUCCGUGCAGCCUUGGCUACGUCACUUACUUUCUUUGGGCUUCGGUUUCCUUGUCUGUAAAACGAAGAGUCUGGGCUACACCACCUUUUUUGGACUCCACUUUGCAGGCAGCCCAGCUGUUCCCACACCCCCACCUUGUCACCUAGGAAUCUCGGGACUGAACUCUCACCUUCUGCCAAUCCCAUUUCUUCUUCCUAAACAGCCCGGAUGAUAAAGGGCUUUGAAAGGGGAAUAAUGGGGUGUGCUGAGAUAUGGGGAGGUGCAGAAAUCACUCAGUUUUUCCUACUCUUUCCCUCAAAAAUGUCCUCCCCAGAAAACACUGAUUCUGUUGUGGAAUGAAGAGGUUUAUUAAAAAGAAGACAUAGGGACAAUUGAGCAAUACAGAUUUUAUAAAGGGAUCAGGUACUGCAUUCCUUGCCUUCUCUCCCUUCUCUUGGCAUUGUUAUCUUUAGGGUUCUUGGAUACUUGGAUACUUGGGUUCAUACACCAAUUUCAACCCCUGGAACUCUACCCUAGGCCUUAGUUUCCUUCUCUAUACCCCCAAGGCAGAAGUUAGUGGGGAGGGGGAGUACCCAAUAGUCUAACAGA